AUGCAUCGCUCCAACGGUUAUUCUUACUCGGCGAGCUCAAGAAAUCACAGCACCAGCAGUGCCUUCAGUCCCAAUGCCAAUCCAAAUGAGGACUGGACCAAGAUCUCCGAUUUGGCUGAACGGCGCCGCAUCCAGAACCGCAUUGCGCAGCGGAAUUACCGCAAGAAGCUAAAGCGUCGGCUGGAGGAUCUGGAGAAACGCGCCGCCUCAGCUUCCGAAUCGCCAGAACGGUCCCUCGAGAAACCAGAACCCCCAGUCAGAGUGUCGGCCAAGUCUCGCGCAAAGCAUGCCCGCGCAACCAAGUCCACUUCGGACGUCCACAGCCCUGCUUCGACAGAUCGAGCUUCAUACGAUAGCUACUCCACGCAGGAAGAUCGGGGGUCGAUGUUUUCAUAUCAAAGCACGCGCCAACUUUCCACCUCGCCUCCGCCCAUCCUGUCCUACCCCCCAUACUCCUCUCUCGACCCCUACUCCCACUCUUCAUACGGCAGCCACCCAGCAGCAUACCACCACUCCUACAGCGACCCUUACCAUCACGACUACCCGUCUCCGAUGCCAUCUCUCCUCCCGCUUUCAAUGCACGGCGCCGGUCCCGCAACUAAGAAGUACUCCUCCUACGGCGACGACGACAUCAUCAGCCCUUUCAACAUGAGCUACGCCUCGAUGGCGGGCAUCGACCUCUCUCCGCCGCAACAACAACACCACCACCACCACCACCACCACGCGGAGAAUAGUAACGUUCCUAUGCCAGCCUUGUCGCAAGGAUACGGCGACGACCAUUCUGAGAGCUCGCCUUCUACACCCGCGGAACCGUCGCUUGCCUGUCCCUUGACCCCGCAGUCGGAGCUGGAGUCGGACCAAUUCCCUCUUCAUUCUGCGUACCCUCCUCUACUAUGA